ACUGAGAUCUCGCUGCCUUCUUCCCCUUAGAGUUGAAAUCUUAUUGUUUUCUGCCUCGGAGCUGGGAUCUCUCUGCCUCCUCCCCCCGGACCGAGAUCUCUGUCUUCUGAAAACCAUCUCUGCACAUGCUAGUCCCAGGCCAGUUUGCAGACAACCAAAGGCUAUUCCAAGGAGAGAGCCUGGAGCCAGAGAGAAUGACCCCGGGGACCCAGAGACCCCCAUCCCAGGAGUCGGUGACAUUCAAGGAUGUAGUUGUGCACUUCACCCUGGAGGAGUGGUGCCUGUUGGACCAUUCUCAGAAAGAGCUGUACAAGGAGGUCAUGCUGGAGAAUGUCCAGACCUUUCUCUCCCUGGGGCUUCCAGUUUCCAGAGAAGACCUGACCUCUUCUCAGGAAGGGGGAGCACCAUGGCUUCUGGAGCCAAAAGGCCCAAGGCACCUUUGUCCAGAUGCAGUGACCAGGCUUACAAUGAAAGAGAUGAGUACAAUCUUGAGCAUUUCUCUGGAAGAAUCUGGUCAGCUAAGAUUCAUGAGUGACAAUCCCUAUGACUUCAAUGUGAGAGAAAUCUAUGACUCUGAUAUCAAGAUGGAUAAAAAUCCAAAGAAUCCAUGUGAAUUUGAUGAAGUUGGAAAGAGAUUCAUACAAUAUUCCGUCCUAUAUCACUGUGAGACAGUGUCCCCAAGGAAUAACUGUUUUGGGUACAGUAAAUAUAGGGAAUGCUUUACUGAACAGGUAGAACUUAUUCAGUCCCAUGAGAAGUCUCCUGAAAUACAACUGCAUCAAGGUAAUCAACAGAAAAUGACUUUCAUCUUGAAUUCAGACCUCACUGGACAUCAGAAAAGUGAAAUUGGCAAAAAGCUUCAUCUAUGUAAUGAAGGAAGGAAGGCCUUCAGCCAGAACUCUAAACUCAUUACUCACCAGAAAACUCACAUUAGAAAGGAGCCUGAUGACUGCAAUGAAGGUGGAGCAACCUUAUCCCUUCAUUCAUCUCUACCUUCCCAUCCUAGAUUUCAUACUGGAGAGAAAACAUGUUCAUGUGAUCAGUGUGAGAAGGCCUUUCAUUUGAACUCAGAUCUAGUUAGACAUCAGAAGAUUCAUACUGGAGAGAAGCCUUAUAAAUGUAAUGAAUGUGGGAAGGCCUUUGGCUACAGGUCACGCCUUAUUGGCCAUCAAAGAAUUCACACAGGAGAAAAACCUUAUAAAUGUAAUGAAUGUGGGAAGGCCUUCUGCUACAAAUCAGUCCUUAUUGGGCAUCAGAGAAUCCACACUGGAGAGAAACCUUAUGAAUGUCAAAAAUGUGGAACUGCUUUCCGAUGGAGCAUCAGUCUUGCAAUACAUGAGAGAAUUCACACUGGAGAGAAACCUUAUGAAUGUAAUCAAUGUGGAAAGACUUUCCACCAGAGUUGCAAUCUUGCUGUACAUCAAAGAAUCCACACUGGAAAGAAACCUUAUGAAUGUAAUCAGUGUGGGAAGGCCUUCUGCUCCAGAUCAAGCUUUUUGCACCACCAGAGAAUUCACACUGGUGAGAAACCUUAUGAAUGUAAUCAGUGUGGAAAGACUUUCCAACAGAACUGCAGUCUCACUGCCCACCAGAGAAUCCACACUGGAGAGAAACCUUACAAAUGUAAUGAAUGUGGGAAGGCCUUCUGCUCCAGAUCAAGCUUUUUGCACCAUCAGAAAAUUCACACUGGAGAGAAACCUUAUGAGUGUAAUAAAUGUGGGAAAGCAUUCCAACGUAACUCUGACCUUGCUGCCCAUCAGAGAAUUCACACUGGAGAAAAACCUUAUGAAUGUAAUCAAUGUGGAAAGGCUUUCAGAUACCUCUCUAGUCUUGCUAAACAUAAGAGAAUCCAUACUGGAGAGAAAUUUUAUGAAUGUAAUCAAUGUGAAAUGGCUUUCACAAACCACUCCAGCCUUUCUACUCAUCAGAGAACCCAUACUGCAGAGAAGCCUUAUGAAUGUAAUCAAUGUGGAAAGACUUUCCGACAGAACUCUAAUCUUAUUGCACAUCAGAGAACUCACACUGGAAAAAAACCUUAUAAAUGUAAUCAAUGUGGAAAAACUUUCCGAAAGAACUCCCAUCUUGCUGCCCAUCAGACAAUCCACACUGGAGAAAAACCUUAUGAAUGUAAUCAGUGUGGAAAGGCUUUUACAAGGAGGUCUGGUCUCAUUACACAUCAGAGAACUCACACUGGAGAAAAACCUUAUGAAUGUAAUCAAUGUGGAAAGGCUUUCACUCAGCGUUCCAAUCUUUCUGUACAUCAGAGAAUCCACAAAAAAGAGAAUCCUCAUGAACAUGAUCAGUGUCAAAAGGCUUUCCAAUGGGACUUCAGUAUUGCUGAUUAUCAGAGAAUCUACAAUGAAAAGAAACCUUAUGAAUGUAAUCAAUGUGGAAAGGCUUUUACAAGGAGAUCCAGUCUUGCUGCACAUCAGAGAAUCCACACUGGAGAGAGACCUUAUGAAUGUCAUCAGUGUGGAAAGGCUUUCACUCAGAGCUCCAAUCUUUCUGUACAUCAGAGAAUCCACACAAAAGAGAAUCCUUAUGAAGAUGCUCAAUGCAGAAAGACUUUCCUAUGGAACUCCAAUCUUGCUGCACAUCAAUCAGAGAAUCCACACUGGAGAGAACCCUUAUGAAUAUAAUCAAUGAGGAAGGAUUUUGUGAUUCACUUACAAUGUAGCUAAACAUCAGAAAAUCCACACUGCUGAGAGACCUUCUGAAUGGAAUCAAUGUGGAAAGUCUCUAGUCUUGCAGAACAUGUGAUCAUCUUGUUACAGAGAUACUUCAUGAGUGUCAUGAAAAUGGUAGAGCCUUUAAUUAGUUAACACUCUAAGUUUAUUGAUCAUGAGAGAAUCUACAGUGGAAAGAAACUUGAGGAAUAGAAUAAAUGUGGUAAAGUUUUCAGGCAACAAUCACCUCUUAUUUCCCAACAGAGCAUUCAUACUAGUUAGAAAUCUCAUCACUGGGCAUUGAAAUGAAGUACAGAGCUUAUUUCAACAUCAGAAAAAUCAUUCUAAGGAGAAGCUUUGUACAAACUCAAUUAAAGAAGGCCUUCAGCCAGAGAUCAUCUCUUCCUUUUCAGCAGAGGGUUCAUAGUGGAGAGAAGACUUAUUAGUGUUCUCAAAGAGGACAUGCUUUUCUCUGGAAGAGAGACAUCAGUAGGCAACAAUAGCCAUAUUGGAAUGAAGGCUUAUAGAAGCAAUAUUUGUGGGAAGGAAGAGCUUCUUUCACCUAGAGCUGAUACUGGACUGUAUGUUGGAAAACUCCUAUUAGAGAUAAAACUCUUGGGUUUGAUUAACAAGACAAGGUCAUUUACUGCAGGACAGACUCCAUUAAAAGUCACAGUAUGAGAGAUCUCAUUAGAAAUCCCAGAUUUCAUAUUGUGCAUAAAAUCCUAUAAAUGUAAUGAUUUUAUCUCUGAAAUCCUGAUGUUUCUCAAUAAUCCUCUAGUUCAUGGCAUUCAUAUACUGUGCCUUCUUCAGCCCUUCCCCAAUUAAUUAGUACUCACUUUGUUUCCUGUUGUUUGCUGGCAAAAAAAAAAAAGUCCUCAUAUAAAUAUUUUGAUAUCUGUUGGACAUUUAUGUCAUGCUUUCUUUCAACAGGUAGGUGGCCCAAUGGAUAGAGUUCAAAUUUGGUCUCUGAAAGUAACUAAUUGUAUUACCCUGAGCAAAUUACCUAGCCUAUUCCUGCCAGAGUUUACCCAUCUUUAGAAUCAGGAUAAUUAGAGCACCUACCUCCCAGAGUUGAUGUGAGCAUCAGAUGGGACAAUAUUUCUAAAAUGCUCUCCAAAACUUAAAUCACUAUGGAAAUGCUAGAUUUGGGGGAGGGUGGGAUGGCAGGGCAAUGAGGGUUAAAUGACUUGUCCAGGGUCACACAGCUAGUAAGUGUCAAGUGUCUGAGGCCAGGUUUGAACUCAGGUCCUCUUUAUCCACUGUGCCACCUAGCUUCCCCAUUGCUAGAAUCUUUAAUGUUUAUCAUUGAUUGGGUUAUAAGUUUCACAGUGAAGUCAGCAGCCUUAAACAUAAGGAUAGCUUAGUCACUUUCUUUUAAUUCAUAUUGAUAUUCCAAACAGUGUAGAUGAAGGCAUUACCAUUACUUGCAUUACUCUGGGUUGGAAUCAGGAAGUUUGAGGUUCAAAUCCUGACUCAGGUACUCUCUAGCUCUGUAACCCUGGACAAGGGACAGCCUCCCCGUGCUUUGCUUUGCUCAUCUCUAGAAUGAGAUGGGCCCCAGCUUCUAUAGUCCCUUCCAGCUCUAAAGAUGUGUUCUCCUCAAGAGUCCAUUCAUCUGUCUCUGUCCACACCCUCUUCCACUGUUCUAGGAAGGAGGCCCAGCAACACCAAAUCUGAAGCUGUACUAGCAGUAGUCAUCCAGACUCUUUUGUCCUCCUUACAAAUAAAGAUCUUGAGAAAUGGAAUUGAUCAGGUGUGGAAUAAACAAGAAAAUGAAUGUAGUAACUAUGUGUUCAAUGAAUCCAAAGACCUCCCCUAUGGAGCUAGGACUUAUCAACCACUACAAAGUGCUGGAAACACGGGAAAGUAAUCUGGCAGGAAAUAGAUAUAGACUCUGACAUUUUAGGCCAAGAUUAGCUCCUAAUGAGUUCAUGACUUAGAUGUGAAAGGUCACCUCAGAUACAUUAGAGGAACCAAGACAAAGAGACAUCUCUGCCUAGUGGAAAAGUGGUGAUGAACACAGGAAAGUAUGUGGCCUUUUUUUUGGUCACACACAAGGAAUCCAAAGCAUCUAACAUGUAAAGGGAGGCAAUUAAAGGGGGGGGGGGAUUCAUAGCAAUUUUCCCUCAUUGAGGUCUUAAAUCCAAGGUCCAUAAACAGGACACCUCGAUUCCAUGCAGCUUUGUAAAGAAUGGCUGAACAAAUUUUGGCAUAUGACUGGUGGAAGAUGAACAGGUAGCUUCACUGAAUGAAUGGAAGAAUUGUAUAAACUUCUGCAGACUGCAGGGAGUAAUUGAUGAUAAUCACAACAUUGUGAAGGCCAACAACUAUUGUUGUUUGGAAGCUCUCACACCUCUGAUUAUUGUAAUGCUCAACUGUUAGAGAAGGGGAGUUACAAAGGUCUGUGCCACCUACCUCCUGAUCCAGAGGUGAUGGAUACAAGAUGUGCAUUAAAAAGGGCAUGUUAGUGUAUAACCUAUAUCUGAAUGCUUCCCACCUCAGGGAGUGGGGAGGGAAGGAGGGAUAGAAUUUGGUUCUCAAAACUUUCAAUAAAAAUGUUUUUUAGAAAAAGGUACAUGUUAGGAAUGGGUAGCGUGGGAAUUGAUUUUGCAAGGAGUAGCUAGGUACCACAGUGGAUAAAGCUCAGGCCCUGGAUUCAGAAGGACCUGAGUUCAAAUCCAGCUUCAGACACUUGACACUUAUUACCUGUGUGACCCUGGGCAGGUCACUUAACCUUCAUUGCCCCAGGGGGGAAAAAAGGGAAUUGAUUUUGUUUGACUGGACUUUCAUUAGCUUCUUUUUCCCUUCAGUUUUGGAUAGGAGAGAAUAGUAAAGCGAGAGGGACUACGAAUAGGACUUUUCUCCCCACAGUCUCCAUCCACCAAAAAUAAUAAAGGAAAUGGAUGGAUUUUAAUAUUACAUGCAAUAGAACAGAAGGAAAUCCAGAAGUAAUGAGAACAGCUUUGAAAGUACCAUGCUGGAGGGCAGCUAGGUGGCGCAGUGGGUAAAGCACCAGCUCUGGAUUCAGGAGCACCUGAAUUCAAAUCCGACCUCAGACACUUGACACUUACU